AUGCGGUUUCUACCUGUUCUGUUGGUCUUCUUGACCUUCCUGUCAUGCUCCUUUGCAGUUCCUGCCGGGUCAAGCAUCACCCCGUCGCCGCCGCUCCAACCCGCUAGUCGCCGAGCCCAGUCCCCAGAUCCGCGCCCGUGGACCCGACUUCGCGACUGGGUUAUCGAAUCCGUCUGGGGUACUGGCCAUUCACAAUGCCAUCACAAAUACGCAGGACCUCCGUCAACCGUCCGGGAUCGUUAUGAGACCGAUGUUGUUCUUCGUUUUCAUCUGCGUCAUCCUGACGAGGCAGCAGCUUUGGCUUCGGCUUCGCAGAUGCUCGUCUUGGAUAUCUGGGCUAUCACGUCGGAAUUCGUGGAUAUUAGGCUCGCGGAGGAUAUGAUUCCGUCGCUUCUCGCCAUGCUUCCCGUCUCGCUCCGGACAGCGCACACGCCCUUGAUGGACGACCUCGUUGACAAGAUACAUGCCACCUACCCGAACCGCCCCAAUACUGGACUCGGGCAUGAUCAUGGCUUUUCACACGGCGACCGAGAAUCGUCGGCUGUGGGCGACGUCUUCUUCCACAACUACCAGCCGUUAUCCGUCAUUGUGCAAUGGAUGCGACUGAUGGCGUCAAUGUUCCCCUCACACGCCCGUUUUACUAGUAUUGGUUUGUCAUAUGAAGGUCGCCAGAUUCCGGCACUACGAAUCGGUGCAGCUCAAUCGCAACUUGAUCCUUCCCAGCCUCGGAAGACUAUCCUGAUGAGCGGUGGUGUUCAUGCGCGAGAAUGGAUCAGCACAUCAACAAUUCUGUAUGUCGCCUAUAACUUAAUCACUGAGUACGGCGAGUCGAGUGCGGUAACUCGGUUACUGAACGAGUACGACUGGGUUUUGAUCCCAACUCUCAACCCCGACGGAUAUGUCCACUCAUGGGAGGUUGAUCGGCUCUGGCGUAAGAAUCGACAGCCGACCGGCCUGUCAGUCUGCACUGGAGUUGAUCUUGACCGGGCGUGGGACUUCGAGUGGGACGGCGAAUCCACCCGCUCCAACCCGUGCUCCGAGAACUACGCUGGCGCAGAACCCUUUGACGCAGUUGAGUCCCGCCAGCUGGCACACUGGGCCUUGAACGAGACCGAGAGUGGCCGAGCGGACAUUGUUGGUUUCCUCGACCUGCACUCGUAUUCUCAGCAGAUCUUGUAUCCCUACUCGUACAGCUGUGAGAAGUCUCCUCCGACGCUGGAAAGCCUUGAGGAGCUGGCCCUUGGCCUAGCAAAGGCGAUUCGACAGAUCUCACGUGAGGCGUACGAUGUGACCUCUGCCUGUGAAGGUAUUCUUAGUUCAGGAGGAGCUACUAAGAUGACCUCGGGCGGAAGUGCACUGGACUGGUUCUACCACAAGCUGCACGCCACCUAUUCAUACCAGAUCAAGCUGCGCGACCGCGGCAUCUAUGGCUUCCUUCUCCCUUCCGAACACAUUCUUCCUACCGGCAAGGAGAUCUUCCACGCCGUGUUGACAUUCGGAAGAUUUGUUUGGGGAGAAGAUAUCAGGGGAUCGGAUUCACCUGUCCUUACUCCAGUGGGCGACCAAAGACCGCUGGCUGACGCGUUUGAUUUCACCUCAUGA